CUUCUAUUCAUUACAUCUUGACAAGCUUUGUUUGGCGCCAGAAUUUCUAUUAAUUCACUCGGCAAUACAUUUAUAAAACAUUUCUCUACCACCUGACGCACUCAUAACAACGACACCAUCUUUUAUAAAGACAUUUCCAAUAUCAGAUGACAUUGGCAUAACUGAAGAUACAUCCUCAUUAUUUAUCAUCUUUUUAAAGACCAAAAUGGAAAUAUUGUACAGAACAGAUAUAUAAGAUUGUUUCUCUAAAUCUAUGGCAGAAUUCCUCUGAUAUAUUUACUCUGAAAAGUAUUAUUAGCAAACCUUCUGGACAUCACUGGCUGGAGUGUCUACAAGAUGAGUCUUUGUUCAAACUAAACUUGGAUAAAUUUACUAAAGAACUUUGGGACAAAGGUGAUAAGGGACAGAAAUAGAGCAGUCGAAAUAUUUGGAAACAAAAUACUAUAGAAUCAAAAAGGUGAAAAAAGAUUAUAUACUGUGAUUUUUGAAGAAAAAUAAUGGAAAAGAGUGAGAAAAUAAAGAAACUGAUUUUUCCAGAAAAUAGAGAAAAAGGGAGCCAAAAAUUGUCACAUGAGUGUGAUGUCUGUAAAAAGUCUUUCUCUCAAAAGAGCAGCUUGAAUACGCACAAACGUAUUCAUAGAGGAGAGAAGCCAUUUCAUUGUGACAUUUGUGAUAAAUCAUUCUCUCAGAGUUGUAACUUGAGUACACACAAACGUAUUCAUACAGGAGAGAAGCCAUUUCACUGUAAUGUCUGUAGUAGGUCAUUCUCUAACCACAAUGCUUUAAAUUCUCAUAUACGUGUUCAUACAGGGGAGAAGCCAUUUCACUGUGACACUUGUGGUAAAUCAUUCUCUAUAAAUGUUUCACUGACUAAACACAAACGUAUUCAUACUGGAGAGAAGCCAUAUCACUGUGAUGUCUGUGGUAAAUCAUUCACUCAAAAUGGUAAUUUAUCUAUACACAAGCAAAUUCAUACAGGAGAGAAGCCAUUUCACUGUGAUGUCUGUGGUACAUCAUUCUCUCAGCGGAGUUCUUUAGAUUCUCACAAGCGUUUUCAUACAGGAGAGAAGCCAUUUCACUGUGACAUCUGUGACAAAUCAUUCCGGGGAAAAGACAGCUUGACCAAACACCGACGUAUUCAUAUAGGAGAUAAGCCAUAUGACUGUGACAUUUGUGGUAUAUCAUUCCCUCAGAAAGGUAGCUUGACUUCACACAAACGUAUUCAUACUGGAGAAAAGCCGUUUCACUGUAAUGUCUGCAGUGCAUCAUUCUCUCAGCAAAGUGCCUUGGAGUCUCACAUACGUGUUCAUACAGGAGAGAAGCCAUUUCACUGUGACAUCUGUGGUAAAUCUUUCCCUCAAAGUAAUAACUUGACUAUACACCAACUUGUUCAUACAGGAGAGAAACCGUUUCACUGUGACACUUGUGGUAAAUCAUUCUCUCAAAAAAGUAACUUGACUAGGCACAUACGUGUUCAUACAGCAGAGAAGCCCUAUCACUGUGAUAUCUGUGGUACAUCAUUCUCAGACCAAAGUGUUUUAAAAUGUCACAAACGUGUUCAUACAGGGGAGAAGCCAUUUCACUGUAACGGUGAUAAUGAUGAUGAUUUGUGAGAAAUCUUUCUCUAAAAACAUUAGCUUGACUACACACAAACAUUCAUACAGGAGAGAAGCCUUAUCAUUGUGAUGUCUGUUUUACGUCAUUCUCUCAUCGAAGUGCUUUUAAUUCACAAAUGUGUUUCCAUACGGGGAAGAAGCCAUUUCACUGUGACAUCUGUAGUAAAUCAUUCUUUCAAAAAUGUUACUUGCAUAGACACAAACGUCUUCAUACAGGAGAGAAGCCUUAUCACUGUGAUGUCUGUGGUACAUCAUUCUCUGACCGAAGCGCUUUAAGUUCUCACAUACAUGUUUAUACAGGGGAAAGGCCGUUUCACUGUGAAUUCUGUGGCAAGUCAUUCUCCGUAAGUGCUACAUUGACUAGACAUACACGUAUUCAUACAGGAGAGAAGCCAUAUUAUUGUGAUACCUGUGGUACAUCAUUCUCUCAUCGAAGUGCCUUAAAUUGUCACAUUUGUGGUAAAUCAUUCUCUCAAAGUAAUAUCAUGACUACACACAAACGUGUCCAUACAGGAUAGAAGCCAUAUCACUGUAAUAUCUGUGGUAAAUCAUUCUAUCAAAGUAGUACUUAAACUUCUCACAAACAUGUUCAUUCAAGAGAGACAUAUUCCUGUAAUAUCUGUGGUAAAUCAUUAACUUCUCCUGCCUUAACGUUUUUCUUAUUUUAUUUUACAAACAAAUCCUUUCUAAUGGUUUUAACUUGUGACCUCAGUUCAAAUUGUAAUUGACCAAUUGGAGAGACUACUCUACUUAGACUUGCUCCAUUGUGGACCAUAGGUGGCACCCUAGGCAGUAAUUUCUGUGAGUAAAUUUUCUACAGUAAUUGUCUACUUUUACUUGAGUUUACUCCAAUAGAAUAGGUACUGCCCUUUGAUAAUUAUGUUAGUAUUUUCCUUAUAUAUAGUUUCUUGAUAACUUCAUCAUCAUCGUUUAGCGUCCGCUUUCCAUGCUAUCAUGGGUUGGACGGUUCAACUGGGGUCUGGGAAGCCAGAAGGCUGCACCAGGCCC